GAGCCCAGGCCGCCAAAUAAAACUUGACCACUUCCUCGAUCUCUUUCUCUCUCUCUCAAGCCUCCAUCCAAGUCUCUCUCUUUCUCGCUCUACCCCCGCUUCUGGGAAGCUCAUCAGCAGGCAGCCAUGGACGACGCCGCUGGAGAAGAAGAAGCUUCCAUGUUCGAGACCAGCCAUGUCCUCGGUGCGCUGCUCGCCUCCUCGCCGCUGCUGGCGCGCGCCUGGGACCGCUGCGCCGCCGCCAACGCCGCCGCGUCGGGGUUCGUGCACGGCGAGGACGGCGGCACGGUGUACGUGGGGUUCUCGGGGGCGCCGGCCGCGCUGUCGGCGGCAGGCGCGGCGGUGGCCGGCGGCGGCGGCUUAUUCGUGCCGGUGGGGCUUGGCGGGGACGCCACGCGGCGGAUAUUCGCGCCGCUGGUCGCCGCCGAGCCCGACGCGGCCGCCGUAGGGGAGCAGGUCGCCGUGCAGGCCCUCGCGCUGCAGUGCUUCUUGAAAUUGUGCGGCUCCCCUGAUUUCCAGAUACUACUGGAUCAGAUCAGAGGCAAGGCAGCCGUGUUCACGGGCCACUCCCUCGGUGGCGCCAUUGCCGCCCUCGCGACCCUGCACUACCUCUGCAUCUCGUCGUCAAGCUCGACAUUUGGCCCAGCGCCUCCGGUCCUGUGCGUCACCUUCGGAAGUCCAUUGCUCGGGAACGAGGCGCUGUCCAAGGCCAUCCUGCGCGAGCGAUGGGGCAGCAACUUCUGCCAUGUCGUCUCACAGCACGAUGUCGUCCCAAGGCUCCUCUUCUGCCCCCUGGACACCGUCCCCGCGCACAUCAUUGUUGGAAUGCAGCUGCAGCAAUGGCCGGCACGGACCCACCACGCGGGCGCGGUGACCGCGGUCACCGCGCGCGUGGCGGACACUGACAGGCACGCGCUCCGGCAGCUGAUACAGACGCACGUCGGCGCGGUGGCGAUGGAGCAGAAGCUCGCGGACCCGGCGGCGCUGAGCGGUGGCCCGUACCGGCCGUUCGGGACAUACGUGAUGUGCUCCCCGGACGGCGCAGUGUGCGUGGACAACCCCACCGCCGCGGUCCAGAUGCUCUACGCCACAUUCGCGUCACGGUGCUCGCCUGGGUUGGAGUCCCCCGAGGUGGCGCACUCCUGCUACGGCGACCUCGUGCUGAAGAUGCCGCAGCACCUGCUCGUCAAGAGACGCCUGCGCGCCGCCGACGCGCCGGCCACGUCGAACUACGACGCCGGCGUCUCCCUCGCCCUGGAAGCCUCGGGAAUACACGCCAUGGUGAGAGCACUUGCGACGGAGGCGUCGACGGCGCGGCACUGGCUGAAGACGUCGAAGCGGGCGGGCCGGCGGCCGAGCCUGAACUGCGCGCAGUUGGCGACCAAGCUGGGCCGGAUCACGCCGUGCCGGGCGCAGAUCGAGUGGUACAAGGCGCUGUUCGACGGCGAGCUGGGGUAUUACGACGCGUUCAAGCAGCGGCGGUCGCCCAAGAAGUUCAACAAGGCCAACAUGUACCGCAUCAAGCUGGGCCAGUUCUGGGACGGCGUGCUCGCCAUGCUCGAUGCCGGGCAGCUCCCCCACGACUUCCACCGCCGCGCCAAGUGGGUGAACGCCGCCCGCUUCUACCAGCUCCUCGUCGAGCCGCUCGACAUCGCCGACUACCACCGCCACAACCUCCACCGGACGCGCGGGAGGUACCUGACCCACGGCCGGGAGCGGCGGUACGAGCUGUUCGACAGGUGGUGGCAGGAGAAGGGGUGCGCCGGCGUCCGCCGCGGCGACGUCGCGUCCUCCAUGUCGUCGUCGGCCGCGUCCGCGAGCAGGAGGCGGCGGAGCAAGUACGCCGGGCUGACGCAGGACCCGUGCUUCUGGGCGCGGGUGGAGGACGCGAGGGAGCAGACGGAGAGCGCCCGGAGCGAGCGCGACGCGGCGGAGCUGGCGAUGAAGCUGGAGGAGCUGCAGGAGUUCGAGCACUACUCCGGCGAGCUUGUGGCGAGCAGGGAGGUGUCCGUCGAUGUGCUCGCGCCGCAGUCGAGCUACACGCUCUGGGUGGAGGAGUGGAAUCAGCUCAAGCACAGGGAUGAAGUGAGGACCAUCUUGCUUUAGUUUUAAUUUCAUUCGAGCUCAGGGGUGGAUGAAUCAGCUCAAGAAUUCUAGCUAGCUGAUGGAAAAUUUCCAAAGGUUUAGAUUUGGAUGGAUGGAUGUUACUAAACUUUAGUAUAGGCGAUUGUAAAUAUACUAGUCUUGUAGAAGCACUGGAUUAUGAAUUUAUAAUGUAUUUGUUCUUUCAUGGAGUAUAA